AUGAUGAUGAUGAGCCGUGUGAUGUGUGUGUUGGCCGUUGUGCUGUGCUGCCCCUGCGGGUAUACCAUGGCGGAACCUGCUUCUGCCGAAAAGAAGCAUCGCGACGGUGAUUUUAUAUUGGGCGAAUUUCCUGUUAUUACGAAAGAUGACAGUAAUCGGGAGAUACGAUGGAGGUGUGAGAAAAACAGUUUUGCUUUUAUUAAUGGGAAAAAUUGUACGGAGUUGGGGUUCGUUCGGGAAACUGCUCCUUCACCUCCGGAUGUUUCACAGCCAAAUGAUAGUCUCCAACCCGGUGAUCCAGCAGCUAAAGUAGAAACAGGAAAGCCAGUGGUUAUAUCACAAGAUGGUCGUGAUAGUGAUUUGCCACCCAGUGUCCCUGAGGGUUCUGAAGCACAACAUCAGUCGGUUAAAGGAGAAACAGCAACAAGUCCGUCGACAGCAGAAAGCCAAACUCAGGGGUCUACUCCAUCUACAAAAGGUGAUGCAGCACCCCAAGGUGAUCAAGGAACACCGAGCAACACAUCUGAUAACAGUAAACCUGCCGAUUCUAAUGCUACCCAGCAAUCUUCUCCUGUUCUUGAUGCGACUGCCGUACCAGACUCACAAGAAACCAAUACCACUACUCUGCCGAGCACCGAUAACACUACCACAGAAGCACCAACCACCACUCCAUCUCCUGUACCCAACGCAGAGAUUAACAAUAUCGCUUCCACCCUGCAGAAGAACAGACCCAAUGUUGACAGCAGUAUCAGUCCUGUGUGGAUGCGCACUGCAGCACCGCUGUUGAUUGUGGCUGUGUUGUUCUCCGCUACUGUGUACUGA